CCGGCUGGGCGGAGGGGGCGGGAGCGAGCGCUGCAGCCUGCGGCGUCGAGGCCGUGGCCUCCGCUGUCCGCGCGCCACUCGCUGGGUCCCUGCGCCCAGGGCGCACGGUGGAGACGGACGCGGCGGCGCCAUGGAGCCGGUGCCCUCUGCCCGUGCGGAGCUGCAGUCUCCGCUCCUCGCCAACACCUCGGACGCCUACCCCAGCGCCUUCCCCAGUGCGAGCGGCAACGCGUCGGGGCCGCCGGGCGCUCGGAGCGCCUCAUCCCUCGCCCUAGCCAUCGCCAUCACCGCGCUCUACUCUGCUGUGUGCGCCGUGGGGCUGCUGGGCAACGUGCUUGUCAUGUUUGGCAUCGUCCGGUACACUAAGUUGAAGACCGCCACCAACAUUUACAUCUUCAACCUGGCCUUGGCGGAUGCGCUGGCCACCAGCACGCUGCCCUUCCAGAGCGCCAAGUACCUGAUGGAAACGUGGCCGUUCGGAGAGCUGCUGUGCAAGGCGGUGCUGUCUAUUGACUACUACAACAUGUUCACCAGCAUCUUCACCCUCACCAUGAUGAGCGUGGACCGCUACAUCGCCGUCUGCCACCCUGUCAAGGCCUUGGACUUCCGAACGCCCGCCAAGGCCAAGCUGAUCAACAUCUGCAUCUGGGUCCUGGCUUCAGGUGUUGGGGUCCCCAUCAUGGUCAUGGCAGUGACCCGACCGCGGGACGGAGCAGUAGUAUGCAUGCUCCAGUUCCCCAGCCCCAGCUGGUACUGGGACACGGUGACCAAGAUCUGCGUGUUCCUCUUCGCCUUCGUGGUGCCGAUCCUCAUUAUCACCGUGUGCUAUGGCCUCAUGCUGCUGCGCCUGCGCAGUGUGCGCCUGCUGUCGGGCUCCAAGGAGAAGGACCGCAGCCUGCGGCGCAUCACACGCAUGGUGCUGGUGGUGGUGGGCGCCUUCGUAGUGUGCUGGGCGCCCAUCCACAUUUUCGUCAUCGUCUGGACGCUGGUGGACAUCAAUAGGCGCGACCCACUCGUGGUGGCCGCGCUGCACCUGUGCAUUGCGCUGGGCUACGCCAACAGCAGCCUCAACCCCGUGCUCUAUGCCUUCCUGGACGAGAACUUCAAGCGCUGCUUCCGCCAGCUUUGUCGGGGGCCCUGCAGCCGCCAGGAACCCGGCAGCCUCCGCCGUGGCCGCCAGACCACCGCACGUGAGCGCGUCACCGCCUGUACCCCCUCCGACGGCCCUGGCGGUGGUGCUGCCGCCUGACCUCCCCCUAAGCACCCCACCCAAGUGAAGUGACCUGGCGGCCACACCGAGCCCCCUGGGAGGCCCCGGCCACCAUCUGGGCAGCUGGAAUGGGGCCUGUGCAGAGGGGUGGCCUCCGGCAGGGACAGAACCUGAGGGAUCCAAGGCUCCGGGUUGGAGGGGUGGGGGCAGAGCUGGCGACGCCAGAAAGAGUGACACCUGAGGCUCCAAACUGGAUGCUUUAGUAAGGCCUUUCAAAUGGGGCAGAGCUUCAAGCCUUGGGAGCUCUGGCCUUUUGAACACCCAGUUUCAGUCCAAGACCUGAGGAUUCCAGCUCUAGAAACCAGGAGGGGCAGGAAGGAUGGUGGCAGCGAGACCCUGGGCUUUUGUAUUAUGGGGAACAGCCUCUUCUUAGAGAAGGUGAAAGGGACCCAACAGGCAGUCAGGAAGGGCACUUUAGGGUCAGGAGAUGAACGCAUCCCCCGGGGCGGGGUAGAGGUGGGGGCCUCAGUUUGGAGAAGAGAACAUAAUCUCACCGCAUUCUAACUAACCGACUAAGGUCGCUGAGGCUAGGUCCAAUUUAAUUCUUUAAAGAAUACAAGCUGGGCCUGAUGGGGCAGGUUUGUGUAAUCCCAGUCAUGCUGGAGGCUCAGGCUGGAGAGUUAAAGGCCAGCCUGGGCACCUGAGUGUCUUAAAAAUAAAAAGUAAAGAGGGUUGGGGGUGUAGCUCAGUGGCAGGGUGUUUGUGUGAGGUUCUGGGAUCAACGAGACAAAACAAACAAAAAAACCCUCCAAACAACAGCAAAAACAACAAAAAAUAAACCGUAUGGUGACUCUGAA